CUCCCUUUCUGUGGAUUUUCGUCGAUCUGCUCUUCGACGAAAGAUCGCUUCUUUCCCGUUCAAAGUCUCCUACCAUCUUCGAUCGAUUCGAAAUUAUCGAUCGGAAUCGGAUCCGAGCCCUAAUUUCUACGGCUAGAUCCACCGACCUCUUAUUAUUUGGGUUUUCGAUAUUUCUUCGUAUUGCAGGGGGGAUAAAAAUUUAGAAAUCGAGAACGAUGUUUAAUCGGUUGUUUGGGAAACCUAAGGAGCAGACCAGCGCUUUGGCUACUCUCGACAAAUUAAAUGAGACCCUUGAAAUGCUAGAGAAAAAAGAAAAAGUCCUAUUGAAGAAAGCUUCUACUGAAGUUGAGAAGGCGAAGGAGUUUACAAGAGCGAAAAACAAAAGAGCUGCAAUACAAUGCUUGAAGAGGAAAAGGCUCUACGAGCAGCAAGUUGAACAGCUUGGAAAUUUCCAGUUGAGAAUCCAUGAUCAGAUGAUAAUGUUGGAAGGGGCAAAAGCUACAACAGAAACUGUUGAUGCACUGAGAACUGGAGCAUCAGCUAUGAAAGCUAUGCAGAAAGCAACGAAUAUUGAUGAUGUAGACCAGACUAUGGAUGAAAUCAAUGAGCAGACAGAGAAUAUGAAGCAAAUUCAGGAAGCCCUAGCUACUCCAAUCGGAGCAGCAGCUGAUUUUGAUGAAGAUGAAUUAGAGGCAGAAUUGGAGGAGUUGGAGGGUGCAGAGUUGGAGGAGCAACUUCUUCAGCCAGCUACAACUGCUCCCGCUGCUCCGGUGCAUGUUCAUCCAGGCAGGCAAUCAGUGCGCCCUGCACCACAAAAGAAUACAGCUGAAGAAGAUGAACUUGCAGCAUUGCAAGCAGAAAUGGCAAUGUAGUCAGGUCUUCCCUCAGAAUUGGAGAAGAGUAUGCGAAGAUGGUUUUCUGUAUUCUAUAUCGUGGCGGGUCUAGAUUCCCCCACAUUAUAAAUUAUGUCCCAGCGUUUGUAUACCGUUUUAAGAUGCUAUAGAGGUGAAUGAAAAACAACUUGUGAUUAACUUAUUAUUUGUCCAUAUGUAAUCAAAACUGCUGAAGUCUGUGAUUUGUUCCUGCUCAUAAUUUUCUGGAGUGAGUAAAUGUCAUUCAUCUAACAAUGUACCGUGACAGAAUAAGGAACUAGCCUAGUUUAUCACA